AUGCGGGGCGCGGCGCGCGCGGCCGGGGGGCGCGGGGGGCAGCCCCGGCCGCGGACCUCCGCCCCGGGCCCGAAGCCGCCGAUGCCGCUGCCGCUGCCGCUGCUGCUGCUGCUGCUGCCGCCGCUGCUGCUGCUGCUGCCGGGCGGCGCGGGCGCGCAGUACUCGAGCAACCUGUGCAGCUGGAAGGGGAGCGGGCUGACGCAUGAGGCCCACCGGAAGGAGGUGGAGCAGGUGUACCUGCGCUGCGCUGCGGGCAUUGUCCAGUGGCUGUACCCCACCGGGGCACUCAUCGUCAACCUGCGCCCCAACACCUUCUCGCCUGCCCGGAACUUGACCCUGUGCAUCAAGCCGCUGCAGGAUGCCUCAGGGGCCAACAUUUAUUUGGAAAAAACUGGAGAACUGACCCUGCUGGUGCAGGAUGGCGACCCAGGACCUGGGCGGGUCCGGUGCUUCGACUUCCAGCAGGGCGGCCUGUUCGUGGAGGCCUCGCCGCAGCAGGACAUCAGCAGGAGGGCCACCGGCUUCCAGUACGAGCUGGUGGCCAGGCACGCCGGCCCGGAGCUGCGCACACGCCCUGCCCCCUGCCGCCCCUGCAGCGACACUGAGGUGCUCCUGGCCGUCUGCACUAGCGAUUUUGUCGUCAGAGGCUCCAUCCAGAACGUGACCCAUGAAGCCGAGAAGCAGGAAUCCACCAUCCACCUGCAUGCCAACCGGCUGUACCGGCAGAAGAACAGGGUGUUCCGGGCUGCUGCGGAGGGCGGGGGCUGGCAGGGGCAGGUCACCACGCUGCUGGAGUGCGGGGUGAGGCCGGGCAGCGGCCAGUUCCUCUUCACUGGCCAUAUACACUUUGGGGAGGCCCAGCUAGGCUGUGCUCCUCGCUUCCUGGACUUUCAGAGGAUGUACAGGGACGCUGUUGAGAGAGGCCUGAACCCCUGUGAGAUGGACGCUGAGUGAGGGCCAGCAGGGGGUGCUUUGCAGCCCCCUGACCCCCACCAGGGACUCAUGAUGCUCAUUGGAACUGCUGUGAAAUGCGAAUAAGUUAUUAUAUUUUUUUAAAAAGAAACGUCCCUAGGAGACCAA